GCGGUGAGGGCCGGUCCCUCAGAGCUGCGACCAUGGCAGGUAGCAACGCAUUCGGCUUCCUGCCGCUCUUCAAGCACUUCGCCACCCAUGCCAUCCACACCGGGCAAAAGCCCGAGCAGUGGAGCUCCUGGGCUGUCGUGCCACCCAUCACGCUCUCCACCAUAUUCAAGCAGCGAGUACCCGGAGAUGAGGAGAAGUAUAUAUACACCCGGUUCGGGAAUCCGAACAGGCACGUCCUGGAGACGGUUGUUGCCGCCCUUGAUGGAGCCGAAUACUGCUUGGCUUAUUCCUCUGGCAUGGCAGCAAUUCUGAACAUCUGUCACCUGCUGAAGACAGGGGACACAAUUAUCUCCAUGAAUGAGGUGUAUGAAGAAAAAAGAAGGACUCUCUGA